CUAUUAUUCUUCGAGGUGGUAUCUAGGGUUUGUAUACUCAACUGGUUGACUCAACGCAACUUCGAAAAGAUCAAUGAUGAAAUUGUUCAUACAAUAAUAUUGGCUCCGACCCCUCCGCUUUUAUCUUGAAGUCUCUAGUGUCUUACGUUUUUGAUAUGGCAACGGUGGAAAACUCCUAUGUAUUAUUCGCUCGUUUAUGCGUGGAGCUUUUUCAAGAGCUUCCCCCUCUUCCAUCAGAUGAAUCUCACUGCGAAAUUACAACGUUGGAGAGACAGUUUUUGCGUAAAUGCCAAAUAGAGCUUGAAAACUUGUCCGUCGAAACAGAUCUACCACUUGUUUAUGUUGAUGAAUCAAAUUAUUGGAGAUUCAUCAAAACUGUUCGGGUUUUGGCUGAAGUUUUCAAGAAUAUGAAGAUCACUGGAACAACACGGAAAAGUAUAACUCAGGUGCUGAUGAAUCCCAUCUUACCACCUGAGAGUAGCACCGAUGCAAUGAAUUUAUUCCUGUCCACCAUUGGAAAUCUAGCUGACUUGCAGUUUUCUGAUGAAAAUUUCAAUCAGCUUUUUUUAAGUUCUCGGGCUACUAUAGAGUUGGAGAAUAAGUACAAUGACGAAGUCGAAGUCAAUCUUAGGAAAGAAGCAGAAGAUGCACUUGCUAGAAAAAUAAAAAAAGUAGUAGAUUUGACAGAACGGUUACUUCAAGUAGAAGCCUUGGAGCACAAACAUGAAGCAGAGUUGCAGCUUAGGACAGAAACUGAAACCGCGGUAGCUAUAGAAGGUGAUUAUAUGCGUUGGAAGGCUGAGGAGUUCGAGAGCGAAUACAAGAAUGAAGUGGUACUCAGGAGAGAAUCAGAAACUGAGCUGGAUAAAGAAAGGAAAGAGUUGGAGGAGAUAAAAGAACUGCUUGAAACUUGUUUCACAGAACAAGAGAACCUGAAUUCACUGGUGAUAACAUGGCAAGACAAGUACGACCAAGAGUCAAUUAUUAGAAGAGAAAAAGAGGAUGCUCUUUCUACUAAGAAAAUAGAGCUCGAGACUGUCAAAGGAUUAAUCGAAUCGUACAAACAAGAAGCAGAUGCGAUGCGACAAGAGAGGGACAAUGCUCUCAAAACAGCUCAAGAGAUAGAGCUCAUGGAAGAUCCACACAUGGCUGCUGAUGGAUUCACAUACGAAUUAGAAGCUAUUAAGAAGUGGAUUAGCACAGGUCACCAGACCUCACCGAUGACAAAUCUCAAACUUUCACAUCUCAACUUUGUUCCUAACCGAGCUCUCCGCUCUGCCAUUGAGGAAUUGGGUUGAUUGUAUUUUAAACCUCAUUUUGAAUCUAUUGGGCCGAUAAUGGCCUCAUGAAUCUAUUUAUGAGCCUUAUUUCAAUUUGUGAUCCAUUAUUGUAUUUUAAACCUCUCAUUUUGAAUCGGAAACUCAUAACCGGGUCGUACGUGGCUUAAUCCGGACCUUGUUUUCUUUGAUAAAAUAUCCGAAAAUGG